GUCCCAAUGCGCCCCGGUCUCCCCUACAGGAUAGUGAAUUACAGAAUGGGCACAUUUUGUUCAUGUAUAUCUCUAACAACCGCUCGCUGGCCAGUACUGUUAAAGCCAUAGCGGACAAAGAGGAUGUGCAGUACACAGUUUCUACUCAGCAGCUGAACAGUCUUGUGAAAACGCUUGACAGAUAUAAAAACUUGUCACGUGAGGCUGAAAUGAAGAAGUUUGAUGAACUUUGUUGCCGGCCAUUUUCUCUAAAUCACGACAUACUCCGUGAAAAUGCUGAUUACAUUCCCCCAAAUGAGGAAACAAGUCAUAUAAGCCCCUGUUCACAGGAAUCCAUCAAUCAAGCGGAGCCCAUACCAUCUUCCCAAGAAUGCACGCUACUUUCAACACCACCAGUUAAACAGCCUCUAAGACCAACUGAGUUCACGCCUCGCUGUAAGAAAUGAAGAAGCAUUUGGACUUCGUAACAACGUCUGGCAGUAAAAUGAGACGAAAAGUACAUGGAAAAUAUUAAAAUCGCUGAAAGAAAAAUUUAGAAAGCCAAGUAAAUUAAAACAUUUAAAUCAGACAAUCAAAAGAAAGCAGGCAACAAUAGAUAGACUUAGGAGACAAAUACAGGGCAGUGAAAUAAUGAAAGAUUUGUCAGAGACAAGAAAGCAGUUAAAUCUGAUUCAGAGAAAACAUCGUCGACUGAAGGAAUAUAGGUGAAAGAGUAAAGUGCUGAAUGUACCCAUGUACGGUGACUUCACAAAUGAUGAAGAAGUGGCGCAGUUAACUGAGGAAGUAAAAUCUAAAGAUGAAGCGAUCAGAAAGCUGGAAAAUGAAAAGGGUGAAUUGGGAGAGAAGGUUGAAAAACUGCAGAACUAUUUUUCAAAGAGAAGGGAAAAUGUUUUCAUCUCAGAUGCGAAUGUUCGUUUAUGAUUCCGUGGUGAAUCAUGUACCCACCAAAAGCAUUCCAAUCUUAAUUGAAAAUUCUCAGCGAUCAGGACUGAAAUUAAACAGUGUACCUCAUCGAAGCACUGUGGAAAUGAUGACCCGAGAAAUGGGUGUUAUUUCGGAUUUUCUUGUUGGCGAGGUUCUGAUUGGGCAAAACAACUUGACACUAGGAUUUGAUGCAACAACACAGGAUGGACUCCAUGUAAAUGCGGUGCAUGUGACAACAAGUAAAGAGUGUCAUGUGAUUUCGGUUGACCAAUUACCAGGUGGAACUGCAGAAGACUAUAAUCUUCACAUAACCGAGUCAAUUAACAGGGUUGCUGAAGUUUACUCCACGUUUCAUAAAUCGGAUUAUGAAACCUGUCGUUUAGAAAUGAUCGACCAUAUUUCUAACACUAUAACUGAUAGAGUUGCUGUCAAUCAUGCGACAAUAAAACAGCUUGAGGAGACUUGGGGAAAGAGUCUGAACGAACUGAACUGUCAUUUGCAUCCAUUAGAAACCAUAGCAAGGACAGCGUCUAGCACACUGAAAAAAAUGGAGCCAGAGACAUGUAAGGGAAAACUGUUUGGGAAGGACUGUGUAGCCAGCAACAUAGUACUAGCAAUGAACAAGCUAACGUUUAAGGAUGGCAAGGGUGACCCAAAGGGAUUUGUGACCUUUUUAGAUAAGGAGGGAUUACCCAGAGGUCUGAUUCCUAGAUACAGGGGAAACAGGCUGCAUAUUUUGUUUCACAUAUGUGGUAAAUUUAUCCAGUAUCAUGACCUAUUUAUGAAGUUCCUGCAGUCAGGAGGUUUAUCUUGUGGUGGUUUAACAUCCUGUUUAACCAGUGACUUUAAUCUACCUGUUGCUAGAUUGGAGAUGCAAGUGCUUGCUUUGAUAGGGAAACUCUUGUCUGGUCCGUGGAUGACAAAAUUCUAUACAUCAGCGGAGACGCAGAGGAGAGUUUUGCACAUGGGGAACCUUAUGUCGACAACUACAGAAGACAAAAUUAGAAAGCUGUGCAGUCAAGUUGUGGGAAGAGACAUUGCUGUGGAAAGAGUAAAGAAGAUAAGAGAUUAUGCAUUCAUUCAUUUUAGAGACAGAGAUGCUACUAUCAUGGCCAUGACUAAACUUAAUGGAAUGAAUGUUGAAGGUGCUUACAUUGAGGCUGUAUGGGCAAAAGGAAGAAAUCAGGCUAAUCAGGACUGCCACUUGGGUGAGGUUGAUAGAGCAUACAACAAAGGCCAGGAAGCGUUGGAAUCUUGGAAGCAGAAAGAAGUAUCAUAUGUCAGGCCCUAGAGUACAUUAGCCCACCAUAUCCUUACACCCAGCCGAGCUAUGCCAACCACCCCGACCCACCUGUGGAACUCUUCCAACAGAUCAUGUGAAAAGCCAUGGAUGACCUAAGGUACAUGUAUAUUGAUCCGGCACUUCAAUCUCUAAGACAAUGGAUAUACAUGUAUAACUUACAAUGGUGCUUCAUUUACGCUGGUUACUCUACUGAGAGCUGGUUGACUCUCCAGUAACAAACAGCCAGUCACAUCUCUACGUUAUAAGACCUGCUCAUUUGACUGAAUGAAUACCUUCUACAGUUGUACAUCGGUAUUUAAAUACAAGAUGACAAAAUGUUUGUUCGGGAUUGUCAUCCAUUUAUAAGCAGCAUCUUUAGGCUAAUCAUUUCUUCUUUUCAUUUAUUUAUAAAUGAUUUGAUGUACUAAAACCUCCAAAAUCUUUGUAUGUUUAGCAGUGGGAACAAUCUACACAUAUGUAUAAACAUGUGGAUUUUUGCAGACCUACUGGAUACCUUUCUUCACUGAUCAUUUAUAUCAGUAGAAAAGAUUUGCGUGUGAUUGAGAUGUAGCUGACCUGUAUUACCCUAUAUAACCAUUCCAUUCUGCUAGUAGUGCAAGGUGAGUUGUGUUUAGUUGUGUACCUUCAAUACACAUGUAUCAGUGGUCAGGGACUUAUCACAGGAGUUGUCCUAUUUUUGGGUCAAAGAUGUCACCGUGAGAAGAUACAUUGUAGCACAGCUGUUGUCCUAUUAGUAGGUCAUGCAUGCCUGGCUGAUCAGACAACAUUGUAACACAGGAGUUUCUAUUCUGGGUCAUACACCUGUAUCACUGAUCAGAUAUAUUGUAUCACAGAUGUCCCAUUUUAUGGGUUAUACAGCUGUCUUGCUGGGCAGAUACAUUGUAGCACAGAUGUCCUAUUUCUGAGUCAGAUAGAAGCCUUGCUGAUCAGAUAAUUUGUAAUGCAGUGGUCCUAUUUUAUUUGUUAUACAGAAGUCUUGCUGAUCAGAUACAUUGUAGCACAAGAAUCCUGCUGGUCACACACAUGGAAAUGUGUGAAUAUUUCUGAACACACUGCCUCUUUUCUGCAUCAUUCCACCAGUACACAUGUACCAUGUCCUAA